UGUAGUAGUUUGUAGCCUACAAACAUUAUGCCGCAUACGAAUUUUUUUCGUCAAGAUUCUGCUUAUUUUUUAUAUUCUGACGAAGUAAACCAAAUAAAAUGACACGAAAGACCCAAAUUCCACAGGAAGACAUUUGGAGUCGGAUCUCAUUUCUGUAUCAGGCAGCAUACCGAUGCCUGCAGAUCAGUGGGGCUGUAGGGAUGUGCAGAUUUCACACCAACACGCUUCUGUCCAUUGCCAGAAAGUCAUGUCUCUCUCUGCACCCAAAUUUAAAGCGCACAAUCUGCAGUCGAUGCUGUGUCCUCCUCGUGCCAGGAAGGACAGCGGUUAUACGGAUUAAAAAAAAGCGUCAGAAGAUGACCACAGUCACAUGUCUGGAAUGUGGAACAAUGAAGCGUUAUCUGAACAUCCCAGAUUUUACCCCAGACAUUGACAAGCCUGACUCUUGGGUUUGCGUUGUGCAAGACGGUAUGUCACUAGUGACAAAAGGGAAAGGGAAAGGCAAUCAAGGGGCAGGAGAAACAGCUGGAACUGCAGUUGCAGUAAAUGCAAAUUGUGUAAAACAGGCCAAUGUGAAUGAUAAAAAGCAAACUAAAUUGGACGGUGAAACUGCAAGUUUGAAAGUAAAAAGGCCGUAA